AUGGAGUCCAAUGAAGAUGAGAGAAAGACAAAAUUGGGAGAACUGAAGACGACGUUGGAGAAACAUGGUGUAAGCCAGUCAGACUUGGACAAAUUGGAGGAACGAAAGCCCGAGGAAAUUAGCGAGGAAGCAAGGGGAAUACUGAAGAACUUGGAAAUCACGAAAGAAGAAAUAGAAAGAGCUUUAAUCGAGGACAAAAAACAUAAGCCCGAGGAAUAUAAGGAAGAAACGUUGAAAUUCGACGAAGAACCUGAAAACGCAGCUGAAAAAACGGAUAAGUCAGAAGAAAUUUCAAAUCCUCGAGAAGAAAUCGAGAAGUUCUUGCGCGAGAAAUCAAUGAGUCAGAGUUUCAUAAAUACUUUUCUUAAAAUUGGUUUCACCGAUGAAUUUCACAGAGAGGCGCCAUUUUUGUAUAGGCUUCUAAACGCGAUGGGAUUUACCAUUGAAGAAAUAAAAGAGUUACGAAGAUUAUGCGAUUUGGAAAUAAAAGGCCUAGAAGAAAACGAUUCUCUCGUGUCUUUGCCUUCUUCUUCUGAUGAUCACUUAUCUUUUGAUGGACUUUAUUUGAAACGUUUACUCAGCAAGCCUUUGGCGCAAGCCCUUCGAGAAAUCAUCGCGAAGAAACCUUUCGAUCCCAUAGAAUACCUUGGCCAUUGGCUAUUAAAUUAUAAAAUUUGUGAAGAAAUGGGAAAGAGAAGAAAGGAAUUCGAACUGGAGCUGAUGAUCGAGAGGGAAAAAAUGAAGUUACGACAAGAAGAUGAAGCGCCAUCUUCGAUGAACGCAGAUGAAGAAAGAGAUGAGGGAUUGUUCGAUGAUUGGAGAUUUUUAUAA